GAACAAGAAUUGGCUCAACGGCAAUUAAAAGCUAAACAAAGAUUUGCAAAAGUAUUUAGUCUUGCAAAGACAACAAUAAAUAAAGCAAUUGAAUUGGACUUAGAUGAAAAGUUGAUUUCGAUUCUUGAGAAUUUUCGAGAAACAGAAAUCAAACAAAUGCUUACUAUUAAUAAUACAACUUACAUACAAUUUGAUGAAUCUGAAAAGGAAAAUUUUGUUGUUGUGGAUGAAGAAAGUAAUUCAGAAUAUAGGAAGAGUAAUGAAUCCAAAAUUAAUGUUAACGAUAUACAUAAAAGACCAUUUUUAGCUGCUAAAAAUCCAGUUGUAAAAUGUUGA